AUGACCCACCCAACGAACGAAACGUCCCGGAGGGCCAUCAAGGGCCACGUCAGACGCUGGAUCCACAACAUCCAGCAAUACGACAUCGUACAAAUAGACCUAACAAUCUACAAUAUAUUGCUAGGAGCUGAAACCAGUCAAAAAAGCAUGCAAGCUAAAUACAAUCGACUCUCAGAAGCGGUCGCCAGAGACAUGGAAGCAUCAAACGCGACCCGUGCACAAUUCGAUGCCGAGGUCGAAAGCGUGAUCGCUCUGGAGGAUGAGUGCAACGCAGCAUACGUGAUCGUCAGGCGAAAAAAAGAUGAAUUCAAAGCACUCAAAAAAGCUGAAGAAAGAAAACGGCAAAAAGCCGAUCAAGACGCCAUCAGGGCCAAAGAAAAGGCCGAUCAGGACGCCAUAAGGGCCCAAGAAAAAAUCGAUCAAGACGCUGCAAGAGGACAAGAGAGAAUCAUCCGUCAACAAGAAUUUCAAGAUCAACAGAACUUGUUUCGACAACUGAUUGCCGCCAUUCCAGCAGCAGCUGCACCAGGAGCACCAGCAGCUCCAGCCGCAGUUACAUCGACUAAGCUCCCAAAACGUCAAAUUAAACCAUUCAAAGGGGACGUGCUCGAAUGGACGGCCUUCUGGGAAGGUUACAACGCAGCCGUCCAUGAAUCAGCCAUUCCGGCAGUUCAAAAAUUUGGAUAUCUUAAAGACUACUUGAAAGGUGAAGCACAGCUGUGCGUGGAGAACCUUGAGCUGACAGACGCCAACUACAAUGUUGCAGUGAAUCUACUGAAGGCGAUGUACGGCAAACCGGACGUCCUGAUCGAGGCCCACACCCACAAAUUAGCCACGCUGCAACCAGUGAAAGACAUAGCUGAUACCGCGGCGCUCAGAUGCUUCCAGCUGACUAUCCAGUCACAUAUCAAUGCGUUGGAGACACUGGGAGUUGCAAGAACGAGCCAUGGAUGCCUCCUUGGAUCAAGCAUUUUACGCUCGAUCCCACUCAAACUUCAAGCAAAGUGGGCCGAAUCCGCAACAAACAAGGUAACAGACAUUGAUCAAGUGUUAAAAUUUAUCGAAGAGCAAGUCGAAGCUGCAGAGCGACUCAGCCGUCUGAGAGCUACUACACCAAAGCCGGCCCGAAAUUCUCCGCAACCGGCAAAAAUAACACCAGCAACAACACCGACAGCUUCCCAGCUCGGAGUCAGCAGCAAGCCGACUCCACAAACAAAACAUCCAAACAAAACAAGAAGAAAUGGCAGCCCACCACCCCCAAGGAGAGAAGCGACAGCAUCAUCUUCAAGAAAGCCAAUGCUGCCCUGCGUGUUCUGCAAAGAGAUGCAUUGGGCCACGAAUUGCCCAAUGGAGCUGAAAGAAAAAAAGGAAGUCAUCACCAGCGAAAGAAGAUGCUCUAACUGUUUCGGUCGACACGAGACCACCGUUUGUUUCAAUCCCCACAGGUGUCAGCGGUGCCGAGCAAAGCACCACACAUCCUUGUGUGCCGAGAAAGAUACCAGAUUCGGAUCCUCAACUAUAAUUCCAAAAAAACCGGCCGCUGGAAGCAGCUCAACUACAGCGUGCGCAAGCUCCUUUGGUGAGAUUAUUCUCAAAACAGCAACCGUUUACAUUUUAGGCCCAUACGGAAAGCAGAUCCGAGCAAUUCUCUUCCUCGACGAUGGCAGCCAUAGAACAUGGAUUAAAAAGCAGAUUUCAAGAGAACUUCAACUGAAAAUAAUCCAGGUGGAACAAAUCGCGACCAGGGCCUUCCGCCAGACAGAGGCCCCUCCAGCAGAAACUCACAACGUGGUCGAAAUGACGGUGCGGGGCACCUGGCCAGGAGCCCCAACGAUGCGCAUAGAAGCUUUGGAGGCAACAGACAAAGUAGGAAGCACCGGUCCGUACCAAACUACAGAAUUUGCAAGAAAGCUGUGGUUGGAAAAUGAAAAUUUGGCAGACGACCGCUUCGAACGUGAAGGAGGAAACGAAGACGUCGGAACUCUUGUUGGAAUGGACCAAAUGUUCAACAUCAUGUUCAACGAGCCAGCAAUGACAAGCCCGUGCGGAUUCAGAGCCUACAGCUCGAAACUUGGAAAGGUCAUCGGCGGUCCAUCCCAAGAAACAACAUCGAAGCAAAGUCAAUCAAUUGUCAGUCAACUACUAAUCAAUUCAAAUUGCUCUCUACCACAGAUCACCUCACAGCCAUCAGAAAUUUUUAACAGCAUCCAAUUAAACAAGUCGGAAAGCAGGGAGACAGGAACUUCCAGUCUCCUUCCACUACCAGAAAAUUCUGAACAAAUCUGCUUUUUCGACUCAACAAAAGAGAGUAAAAGGUUUGAAAUGGAGAAGUUAAAUUUUGAUAUGUCGUUAUUUUGGCGUCUAGAAAAUUUCGCGAACUUAAUCGACUGCGUUGCUGUGGAGAAGGACGAUCAAUUCCGCUCCUUCUGCGAAGAAAUCACGCGAUUUGAAGACGGCAGAUAUUGCACGCCAAUACCAUGGACGACUGACAGAUGGAGACUGGAAAUCAACCACCAGAUGGCAGCAGUAAGACUGAGAAGCAUGCUGCACAAGCUCCGAAAAUCUCCAGUCGACUUGGCCAACUACACAAAAGAAAUCGAAAAACUCAUAGCAAACGGAUUUGUAGAAGAGGCUGAUUUCAAUUACGAUGGCCUCCACACUUAUCUACCGCAUCAUCCAGUCUAUCGAACAGACAAGGCCACCACAAAAAUACGACCAGUUUUCGGCGGCGCCGCAAGAUCCAAAUAUGGACCGAGCCUCAACGAUGUUCUGGAGACCGGACCAAAUCUUAAUCCUGAUCUCCUCUCGGUCUUAAUGCGCUUCCGGAUGAACCGGAUCGCCUGGAUUGCGGAUAUCGAAAAGGCCUUUCUCAACAUCGCGCUGCAGCCCGAAGACGCUGACCCAUAUAGCACAUUUCUGCCAUUUUCUACGACAGUCGAGCAGAUAGAAGAGCAGCUUUACGUAGACGACUACCUCGGAGGAGCAGACAACGUGCCAACAGCCAUAACUACGGUAGAAGAAACCGUCACGUUAUUCUCAGAGGCCCAACUCAACAUGAGGAGCUGGGCAACAAACAACAAGCAGCUCCGUGACUUUCUCACCGAAAAAAAAAUGUCGAACCAGAUUGUCGGAAUUCUUUCACCCACAAUAGACGGCCAGCAAAAGGCACUGGGUCUUAGAUGGGACACGAGCUCCGAUUCAUUUAAAUUUGACCCUACAUCUAUAAUGGAAGCAGCCGUGCAGAUAGGAGAAAAAAUCACCAAAAGAAAAAUUCUGAGCAUAUCAGCAAGGAUAUUCGACCCAAUUGGUUUCCUAGCUCCUACAGUCUUACUUUUAAAAAUAAUUUAUCAAAAACUUUGGGAAGGAGACAUAGGUUGGGACGAUGACGCCACACCCGAAGUAAAGAACACCUGGAGCAGCAUCAUGAAAGGCCUGAAGGAUCUACAUCAUUUGGAGAUCCCACGAUGGAUUGGAUAUUCAAAAACUUCCAUCGUCUCCGCAGAAAUUCACGUGUUCGGCGAUGCAUCAGAAGCAGCCUACGGAGCAGUAGCAUACGCACGGCUCCGACUGGAGAACGGAAUUCCUUACACCAUCCUCCUUGCAAGCAAAACCAGAGUGGCACCUCUCCCAAAAAAGAAAGUAACGUUACCCAGACUCGAACUACUAAGCUCUUUGUUAGCAAUUCGUUUAGGAGAGAAAAUCCGAACCUCCCUUCACACCGAGUCAUGGAAAACGACUUACUGGACAGACUCCCUCGUCACACUUGGAUGGAUACGAGGAGAUCCUUAUCGUUGGAGACCGUUCGUGCGAAACAAGGUGGAAACCAUCAGAAAAUUUUCCAACGCGGAUUGGUGGAGACAUUGCCCCGGAUUGGAGAAUCCAGCCGAUCUCGCUUCGCGGGGAGCGCCAGCGCAUGCGCUAGUGGAAUCGAAACUUUGGUGGCACGGACCAGCCUGGCUGACAGAAGGAGAAAGCGAAUGGCCGAAUUCUCCAGAAAACCACUCCACCGAAACUCAAGAGAAAAUCGAGGAAGAGGAGACAAAGAAAACGGCAACUGUCUCCUUUGCAGCAGUAGAAACAGCCCAGCCGAUUGAAUGGUACCUCGACAAAACCUCUACAUGGACAAAACUACUUUUCAGAACAGCCUGGGUCCUCAGAGCACUCAACCGUAUGAAGAAAAGAACGCGCGACCCAGGACUUGAACUAAAAGAAGUCAUUACAGUCGCCGGAAAAGAAAUAACGAUCGACAAGAUAGUCACCGAAGAGCUGAACGAAGCGGAGCUAGCCAUCUGCAGACAGCUCCAAAUAGAACGCUAUCCCAAAGCUUUUCGGACACUCCAGCUCGGACUGCAGAUUCACCCAAAGGAGAAAAUCGCAUCGCUCCGACCGGUCUGGGACAAUCGAGAUCGACUCAUCCGAGUCAUUGGAAGAGUGGCGCUCGCCCUCAGGGAUCGAGACAUUCAACCACCGAUCCUUCUCCCAGCAAACCAUCCUGUUGUAAAAAUGUUAAUAACUAACAAACAUGUAUUUAAUUCACACACAGGAGUAAAGACGACACUGUCAGAACUGAAAGAAAAAUAUUGGAUCGUGAAAGGACGCCAACAAGUGAGAAACGUUUGGUUCGCCUGUGUGAAGUGCCAGAAGCUGACUUCACCUCCUUUCCGACAAAUAGCAACGCCGCUACCAGCCAACCGACUCCGCGAUGCCAGGGCAUUCGAAAUAACCGGAACCGAUUUCGCUGGCCCGCUGUACUACAAAAACGCGACUCCGAAAAGGAAAUCCAAGUCGGCGCCAUCCGUCGAACAAGUCAUUCCGGAACCUCCACCAGAAGAAGAGAACCCGGAUGCAGCGGAGCUUCCCACCGAAGAAGCUCCCGAAGAAAAAGACGAUGGCGACCAACCGGAUCCGACGCAACAAGUCAACAAAAAGCAACCCAAAAGUUACAUGUGCAUCUUUACUUGUGCCGUGACGAGAGCGAUUCAUCUGGAGUUAACCAAGGACAUGACGGCUCACUCCUUUCUGUUAGCUUUCCGUCGAUUCUCCGCCAGAAGAGGCCCAGUGUCAGUAAUGUACAGUGACAACGCCGAAACAUUCCGCUGUAUGUCUCGAUAUCUUAAAAACAUUCGAUCCGACCCAUCCGUUCGCGACCUCCUCGCCAUGAGAAGAACCAGCUGGAUCUUCUCUGUUAGCCUCGCUCCAUGGUGGGGCGGAUUUUGGGAGAGGAUGGUGAGGAUCACGAAAGAUCUUUUGAGACGAUCCAACGGGCGCGCAUGUCUCGCGAGUGGACGAUCCGCUCCCGAUCACUCCGAAUCAGUUUCUCAACAAUCGUCGUUCAACUUGUGCUACGCCGGAGCCAGCAGUCAACCUAUUGGCUCCCAAUUCAACAAGUGA